UGUGCAGCAAUGGCCAAGAUCAAGGCUCGAGAUAUUCGCGGGAAGAAGGGGGAGCUGCUGAAACAGCUGGACGACCUGAAGGUGGAACUGUCCCAGCUGCGCGUCGCCAAAGUGACAGGCGGUGCGGCCUCCAAGCUCCCUAAGAUCCCAGUCGUCCGAAAAUCCAUUGCCCGUGUUCUCACAGUUAUUAACCAGACUCAGAAAGAAAACCUCAGGAAAUUCUACAAGGGCAAGAAGUACAAGCCUCUGGACCUGCGGCCUAAGAAGACACGCGCCAUGCGCCGCCGGCUUAACAAGCACGAGGAGAACCUGAAGACCAAGAAGCAGCAGCGGAAAGAGCAGCUGUACCCGCUGCGGAAGUACGCGGUCAAGGCCUGA